UUGUCCUUAACCACACUGUGUCAAAUUUCCAAUGGUUAUACACCUGUAUUAGAUUGCCCCACAGCUCACAUUGCAUGCAAGUUCGCUGAAAUCAAAGAGAAGGUUGACCGUCGUACUAGUAAAUCUACUGAAGAGAACCCUAAGUCUAUCAAGUCUGGUGAUGCUGCCAUUGUAAACCUUGUGCCGUCUAAGCCCCUGUGUGUGGAAUCCUUCCUGGAAUUACCUCCCCUCGGUCGUUUUGUUGUUCGUGACAUGAGGCAGACGAUUGGUGUUAACAAGGCUGUUAACUUCAAGGAGGCUGGAGGUAGUCAGGUCAUCAAAGCUGCCGAGAAGGUCACUAAGUGCGUAAAGUAG